ACAUAAGACAGUCCACGGUUCUAAUUUGCUGCAAGUGUUUGUUGUUGACUUCGAAGCUUCUUCAAAGUCUUGUUAAAUUCAGUAUGGCAAAGUCUGUGAAAGCUGGAAUCAAUAUGGCUGGUUUUAUGAAAAAGUGGUUCACGCCUUCCACUGUAUGGUAUAAUCAAUUGGGAUCAAAACUGACCCUCUUGAGUGUUGAUGAAGAUAAGGGAAGCUUCAUUGGAAAAUAUUAUUCAGCCGUUGGUAAUGCAGAGAACGAGUAUGAUCUUUCUGGUCGUUAUGAUACGGAUGGGAGAACACUAGGAUGGGUUGUAUCGUACAAAAAUUCCUGUCACAACGCUCAUUCUACGUGUGCCUGGUCCGGACAAAUUGAAUUCGCGGAAGACACGAUGGAAAAUCCGAUUAUACUAACAACAUGGCUUUUGACGCGUCAGACAACUCCCGAUAAAGACUGGGACUCAACCGAGGUUGGCUUUGAUAAUUUUUCUACUUUUCAGCCAAGCGAAGACGACAUCCGUCUGGCAAAACUGCGGAAGCAGAGGAGUCAUCCGUGAUUCUGCAUAGUGAUUCUGCAUAGGGUCAGUGCGUGAAAAUUCAACAAGCAGCGAGGUUAGCUAUGUUGGUGAAAUUCACUUUAGACUUAGGAGUUAUCUUAUGAUUUAAGCUACUCUCGAAUUAUGUACAAACAUUGAAAUUUUCAUGAAAAUGGAUGAAUAAAUUGAUAUUUAAAACA